GAAUUUUCAAAGAUGAGCAGCUGCUGUGCAUGGACUGUAUUAUUCAUGCCUCAACGACAAGCUUUUUAAUUUAUUACGUGCAAGUUUUUCUCAUCAUCUGUGAAAAAAAGUGGAUGAGUUUUGUUUGUCAUGUUUCAAGGAAUAGUUUGACAGUUUUACUUUUGUUUAUGGAGAGAGUCUAAUGACAACAGCACUCUCAUGUCUGCGUGGUAAGAAUGAAAGUAUCGACAGCUCGUUAGCGUAGCUUAGCACAAAAACUGGAAACAGGUAGAUACAGCAAAUGUGACUCUGAUGGAAGAUACAAAAUCCACCCUCAGUACCAGCAGCUCUGUACUAAUGAGAGAAACUUAACCUAAUGUUGAUGACAGCAAGACUGCAGGAAAUCUCCCACUCAAGUAAUAUUCCAGCACAUAAUUCCCUGUAUCACUUUACACUUUGUACAAAUUCAGUUUGUGCAAAUUAAGUAGCUCCAGAGGUGCUGAUAGAUUUGUUUCUUUCGAUCUUUGGACAAAACCAGACUAGAUGCUUUCCAGGCAUUAUGCUAAGCUAAGCUAACCAGCUGCUAGAUGUCACUUCAUAUUUAGCAUAUUCAUAUCAGGAAGUAUAUACUUCUGAAAAUAUCGAACAGUUCCUUUAAAUUGAAUUGCACACUGCCAAGAAGCUGCAGGUACAGAUUUUUUCUUGUAGAUUUAUUUGCCUUUGAAUAAUCACUUUUAUCAUUCUUAGCUUCCACUUAUGGGGAUGUUUACGGUUCAUUGGUGGUUUAGGGUGUUCCACUAAAUGACUCAGGCUUCUCACGGCUGUAAUCCAGGUCGAAACUGUCAGCUGAUGACGGUUCACGCAGUUGUUUUGCUGCAAAGAGAUCUGACACCUGUUUGGUGACGGAAACCAAAGAAAGAACUAUUUCUUUUGAUGUGCAACAGAAGAAAAAAAACACUUCCUGCUCUCUCUCUCUUAGAAAAAACGUUAUUCUUUCAUUUCACUUAGGCUAAAGGGAACUUUUUUAUUUGAUAAUGUUACCAUUUGGAUAGUACAGACAUACAUCCAUAGUUACUCAAACAAAUAUUGCUCAUCCAGAUAUAUGAACAUUUAUUGUUAUGUUCAGCUUUGCCAAACACCUCUUAGUAUAACAAAAAACUGAAAAAACAUUUAUUAAAAACAGGGUUCUCUGCACUUCUUCUAGAAAAAUGCAGCUACAUCAGGGGAUUGUCAGCUUGAGGACAGUAAACUUUCAGAGAAAAAAAAGGGAAUAGAGCACAUUGGAUUCAUUCACAACCUGUAACUGUGCAAACAGGCCAAGGUUUUGACACUAUUAUGUCAAAGUUUCAACACAUUUGUGUACCAGAUGAAGACACAUGUGUUGAAACUUUUGUCUGUUUGCACUGUUAAAGACUGUGACAAAAUCUGUAUGCUCCAGUCCUCAUCUGUCCUUUAGAAGCCAGUAGUAUAACGUCUUUAUCCCCAAUUUUUUUUUUAAGAACUUAAUUGUAUAAUGGGUAUGGAGUUUUCCUCGUUUGCAUGACACAAAGACUGACUUUCUCUUCAUACAGCUGUUGAAAAGCAGUUUGUUUAAAAAAAAAAAAAAAAAGUAUCAAAAGUGUUCUGUUUACUAUGGCAUGGCUGAUCCAAACUGCAUUUUUUAAAAAACUGUUUACAUUGUGUGGCCUUAUUCCAGUGCAACUAAUCUAUCUUUGCUCGCCAGCGCACCAAUAAAAGUUUACAGAUGAGGAAAACCAGCUUUUCUUUUCAGACUAAUUGUUUCUAGUGCUGCUAUUUCACUGCAUCCGUGUGUGUUCAUUGAAUUAGUUUGGUUGCAAAUCUUAAUGUCAGUUAGUGAGAAGGGCAUCGCAUGUCACGGGUAAAAUAGGUCAUAAAUCAGAGGGGUGUGCCUUCAAUAGGCAAGCUCAACAGAACCCACACACCUGCACCUCUUCCCCACCUUUAAACAAAUAUUUUAUAGAAGUCACAUCACUGUUCAAAUAUUACCAUUAAAGAUAUGCAGAAGGGGGCGCACCUUAAUAUAAGCCACGAUUGCAGAGUUUGAGCCAAAUCAGUUUUCUGCUGACUGGAUUGUCACAUCGCAUCCUGAAGAUGGCCUCUCUGCAUGUGUUUGUUUGUCUGCUGGGACUGGUUGUCCUGUGUCACUCUGACAGCUCCUGCUUCUUUCAGGAGUUGGUGGCCAAAGAUCCAGCAAAUCCCCAAAAGGAUGUGUGGAUAAGGAUGGAAAGCAGCAUGAUUUUGGCUCGGAGUGGGAGAGAGACUGCAUAGCGUGCUCAUGUACAAGCAAAGGAUUGAGCUGCUGUAACACGAUCCCUGAGGAGGGAAGCGUAGACGUUCCUGAGGAGUGUGAGCUGGUUGUAAAUAAGGCAACCUGCUCUGCCAAGAUGGUGCUGAAAUCAGACAAAACUAAAGAGUGUAACCCUGUCUGAACACACUACAAGUUAAACUCAACACAUUAGAGGCGAUUGAAACCCAAACUGAAAACAGAUCUUUUUCCAUUUCUCACAUUUUAUCUACUAGUUUAUGCUGUGUGCGCACACAUUCAAUCACCAAAAAAACAACCACCUUAUCAACCUUACUUUUCUUUCAGUGCUAAUAAACUUUAAACCUGUUGCAACUCUGCCUACUCAGUGUCUCUUUAACAGCACUUCCAUCAGGUGUCAUUUUAAGGAUGUAAUUGAAUAAAGCCACCACUGUGUGACAGCAGAGCUCGGUGCUCAGAGGAUCUGUGGCGCCCAAAGGCUUCUAACAGCCCAAUUAUAGCUGAGCUCCACUCGCUGCUGUGUCUGUCACAAACGUCCUGGUUGUUGUGAUGUUCAGCUCGUUCUCCAACGCUCAUCUCUGAGGAUUCGCACCUGUUCACAGCAUCGCUUUCUGUCAUCUCGGCAUCACAGAAACUCUUUAUUCAGCCAGCCGCCCACAUACAGGUUUUCCGAGGGCUGGGAUGGACGCUUUACUCCAGGGGGCUGGUGACACUGAAGUCCUGGUGAGAUGUCCUUGAGUGGCAACGCAAGCCAAUUGUCUUCGUCCACGUUGCCUCUGCCUCUGCUCUUCAACAGCUCCACCUCUACACAUUCCCUACCAUGGGAGAGAGAACGAGUGGGUCGAGAGUCUGUGCAGGAGUGGUCUGGGAACAAAACCGAGCUCCUGUCAGACCUCUCUGUUCUCGGCCAUGAUGAGCAGUGCCAUAUGUCUCCUGUCCUCACAGCAUGUCUAGUAGUGUGGUACAGCAUUACAAUGGUGCUGGGGCUGGUGGGGAACACCGGCCUCAUUUGCAUCAUCGCCCGUCGCAGAGAAAAGGCCAAUGUCACUAGCAUUUUCAUCUGCAACCUGUCAUUCUCUGACAUCGUAGUGUGCGUCUUCUGCCUUCCUUUCACUGUCAUUUAUACGCUCAUGGAUCACUGGGUGUUUGGCUCGCUGUUAUGCCGGCUGGUGCCGUUCAUCCAGUGUGUUUCUGUGACUGUAUCGGUGCUUUCUCUAGUGUUCAUCGCUCUAGAAAGACAUCAGCUCAUUAUUAACCCGUCGGGAUGGAAACCAAGUGUAUCUCAGGCCUAUGUGGUGGUCAUUAUCAUUUGGAUUCUGGCCUGCUUCACCUCCUCACCUUUCCUGGCCUUUCAGCUGCUCACAAAUGAGCCCUAUGCCAAUGUACUCCUCCCCCAGUCUCCGCUCCAUCACCAAGCUUCUCCUCAGGCUUACAUCAAUACAUCUCCACCUCAGCCUGUCCUCCACACAUUCAAAAACUCAUCCAUACCUCCUAAUUCACACCGCUCGAUCUUUUCUUACAUCCCCACCACUCAUAUGGAAGCAUGUGUGGAGCACUGGCCAUCCCACCAACACAGGGUUGCUUACACCACAUGGCUCCUGCUGUUCCAGUACUGCGGCCCACUACUGUUGGUCCUUCUCUGUUACGUUAGAGUUUUUGUGCGCCUUCGCCACCGCAAAGACAUGCUGGACCGUGCCAGGACCACAGAGAACCAGCGAAUGACCCACAGCCGCCGAAUCAACAUCAUGCUGGUUGCUCUCAUAACUGCCUUUGCUCUUUGCUGGCUCCCGCUCACAAUCUUCAACGUGAUUUCCGACUGGAACCAGGAGGCGCUGCCCAUCUGCCACCACAACCUGCUGUUCUCCCUCUGCCACCUGCUGGCCAUGUCCUCCACCUGCAUCAACCCCAUCAUCUACGGCUUCCUGAACUCCAACUUUCGGCAGGAAGUUAGAGAGGUGCUCCUGCACUGCCGCUGUUACCCCCUAGAGGAAGAGUGUGAGCGUUUUCCCAUGUCCACAGUGCACAUGGAAGUGUCCCGCACCUCUGUGCCUCCCCACUGCAGGAACAACUCUGUCUGACUUUGACGUAGGAUGAUAGUAGGAUGUAGUAGGACUCAUUUUUGUUGUUUAGUCUACCUUUAAAGACAGUACAACUGUUUUAAUAUUGGUUUAGAGUGUAAUAUUUUGUUUGUGGUUAGAAGUAAAGUAUGUUGUCCAAUGCUGGUUUAUCUUUUUCAGUGGUAGACUCUAAUUUUAAAACAAGCGUGUUGAUGAAAAAAAAAAUCAAGCCACAUUUUGAACACACCUUGUUGUCAAUUUCAUGCUUCAUGCUACGUAAUAUUCGUUACAGUAUUCUGCUUCUUUGCUGCUUAUACUAACAGGUGGUUAUUCUGUAUGUGCACAAAUGAGUGUCAGUUUAAGUGUGACUUUAGACAGUUGGUGCCAAUUAAACUUUGCAAACACCAAGCAUAUGUUUUUCUACAUAUGUCAUAUCAAACAUUGUAGUCCAACUGUAGCUGCAUAUUGUGAUGUUGCCAAUAUAUAGAGGGUUAUGAUAUAUGAAGAAAAUCUAGGUUAAUGAGUGCAGGAAAAAACAGAAGCAAAUGCAUUCACUUCAUUUCACUUCACUUCAUUUGCAUUGGACCACCAUUUCCAUCUUUGGACUUUACAAUGAAGAAGAAGCACCGGUUUCUUUAGUAACAUUAAUGAUGGCUCAGUUCGAUUUACCACAUGAAGGAAUGUCUUUCAUAAAAAGACUUUCAGAGACUUGUGCGGGUUAGCAGCAGUUAUUAUAGAGGCUUGUCAUGCACAGACACCUCACAAGGACAUUCAAUUGUAUUAAAUUGUUUUCAUUUGUUUUGUCAGGGAAGCGUACAGCAUGUUGAACUGAAAAGUAACACUGUUGCAAUUUAUGAUGUUAAAAAUAUCUCCGUUUUUCAUCUACUGCUGUUGCAUUUCAUUGGUUAUUUAUUUUGUAAUUUAUCUUUAUCUCUCUAUCCUCUAAUUAACCUCUUUUGUAAUUUGUGCUGUAUAAUCUGUGUGUGAGCUUUGACAGUGAGGAAAAGCUGUUUUGUGAUUAUGUUGACUAAUACAAGUAAAAAAAAUGUUUUUAACAUUAUUAAAUUAUGUUUACAUAAGUUUGCAUUAGACAGGUUUAAUAAAUAUUAAAAUACCA